AUGCCUGUUUCAGGACAUGAAGAGACCGGGGUAAAGUCCUAUGCUGGGCAAUUUAGUGGUUUAGUUGCAGGUGUGCCUAUCAAGAAAAGGAGAUUCCCUUCGUUUCAGCCUUCUUCCUCACCUGUGUCUGAGGAACCAUGCUCUCUCACCGAAGAAACUGAGUUACAACGUAAAGAAAAUUCAAGCACUUCUCAAGGAUCAACUUUAUCAAAUGCUAGUAUUGCAGGUGCACCAAUCAAGAAAAGAAGGUUCCCGUUUCUUCAGCCUUCUUCAUCCUCUUUGGAAGAGGCUUCGCGUUCAGAAGAAAGUGAUGCCUUGCGGAAGGAACAUUCAAGCACAUCACCGGGUUCAACCCUUUCUACCAGUUCUUCUAGUUUAUCUGAUGCUAAUGGAAUCCCUGCGCUUGAAGAUAAGAAAACAAGUACUGAUGUUACCAAUGCUAACAUGGGGCAAAGCAACUCUUGCUUCCUUAUACCGAAACACGAGGAAUCAAAUCUUGGUACUCAAUCAUGUACUUUGGAUGUCAUGGAUAGCAGAGAAAAGGUGAUACUCAGUGAAGAAUCUAACAAAAAAUUGGAAUCCCAAGUUAUCAAGGGGAAUUCUGAACUCUUAUUGGCUGCAAAGGAAGGUCUUGCUCUUAGCAUUGGAGCUGAUGUGAGCAAGCAAAAUGUCAAAGAUAUUUGUAAACAAGAGAGUCCUUUAGUUUCAGGAAGUACUAGAUUGUCUUUUAGCUUAGAGGAGCACCUCUUUCCAGAUGUUGCAAGUAUGGAGAAUGACAAGAAUCGCCAGAAAAUAGAGAAAGUGGAAUCUGUCUCAUUGGAAUUAUCUUUAAGCAAGGAAGACUGCAGUUGUCACAGUUUAAAUACUGAUGCUAAAACUGAUAGGAACAAGACUCCUGUUCACUCUAACAGGGCAAACUGGGAUCUGAAUACUACAAUGGAUGCAUGGGAAGAAUCUGGGACUGAAGCUGGCUUGGUUAAAACAUGUGUCGAUGGGAUCAAAAUGACUGAAAAUCCAGUUGUUGAAAAGCGGUUAAUGUGCUCUACUGGGAUGACACAACCGACAAGUGUUGUGUCUCUAAAGCCAAUGUGUGACGAGAGUCAGAAAAAAGAUUUCACUUUUUCAUCUGGAUUGUGUGGACAGAAGUUUAAAUUUGUUGAUUCUAGUAAUCUAUCUCUUACUCCUUUUCUUCAGAAAUAUACAGAGGAGCCCUCAAAAUUAUCUGUUAAACCGAAUUCUGGUAGUUCUAUUUCCAGCGUAAGCUUAUCUAGUGCGGCUUCAACUGCAGGUGAUGCAAAUACUUCUAGUUUUAGGUUGGUAAAACCAGAACCUUUUGAUGAGAACUUGAAAAAGGAUUUGAAGGAAGCUAAUGCUCCGGUGGGUUCAUCAGAUAGUGUGACUGUUAAACAAGAACUCUUUCAGCCUUUCAUUGUAAACUCUUCAAAGUUGUCAAAUGUAAGCAAUCUAAUGAAAGCUGAUACUGUCUCCGUUAAACAGGAACCAGAUCACACGGGUAGUCAAGAAAGAUCCAAUGCUGCAGUGAGUAAAACGGGUCAGUUGGAUAAAGAAUUACAACAAGGAUUGGAUAAUUCUUCUCCUUCAUUGUCGAUUUCUGUUUUGCCAGAGAUAACACAUAUUUCUGCUGAGGCAGCUUGUCCUCCAGUGAAACCUGUGCGUACAGCAGAGUUAUCAGCCAGUGAAAAUAUAGCAAGCCAGAUUGGAAACAGUAGUCCUACAGAUGGAGACAAUGUUGAGAAAGUUUGUAAUGAAGGUUGUUUAAAUGCUGAGCAGGUUACCAUAGAAACAGUUUCUAUGCCUAUGGUUGAUAAUGGUUCAGAGUUGAAGAAUUCUGGUCUGGAAAUUUCUUCUAUUGGUACUGAGGAUGAAAGGGCAGUCGAUCGUGAUGCAUGCAGAUUGAAACUCAUGAAUGAGCCUCUGCCUGCUACUCGAGGCACUGGUGAAGGCUGUGCAAGUGAUGAAGAAAAAAUAACCCUAUCAGGUGACAUGUUGGAGGAUGAUUCUUAUGAUUCUGAUUACGAGUCAGAUGAGAAUCAUGCUGUAACUAUUGCUGUGGAUACGGAGCGAUACGUUGAAGAUGAUGAUUAUGAAGAUGGUGAAGUUCGAGAACCACUGGAUCCUUCCACAGCAGAGGACACCAUAUGUGAGGUAAGAGAAGUAGAGCAUCCUGAUUGUAGUAACUUUGUAAAUAAGCAGAUGGAAAAAGGAAUGGUGAGUGAUGAUUGUAACGCAUCUAAUCAGGUAGUGGAAAAUAACAAUAAGCCUGCAAUUCAAAGUGAAAUGAACAGUGAAGAUGGUAUUGACAUUGAAAUGCAUGAGAGGUCUGGUAAGGUCGUUGACAAAAAUGUGUGCCUGCAAGAGUCAUUGGAUGACGAGAAGUCCAACAUUGCUGCUCAUGGGAACAAAACAGUAAAUGAUUUGCAAAUGAAAGCAUUAGAUCUUUUGGAAGGGAAAAACGUCUCUGAAGCUCUGGUGACAGAAUCACCUUCCAAUCAAGCCACAAAUGGAAGCUGUGGGGUUGAUGUCCAGUGUGCUGAUGAGGUUGUCAAAACAACUGACACAGUUAAACAAACUGAUCUAGAAUUGUCAAAUAUGGAAGUGUCUGCAAAUGCUAAUGAUGCAUCCAAAGAUGCCAAUAGUGGUGGUAAUCCAGGGAGAAUUAUAGAUCUGUCUCGAGCUACUUGUUCUUCAUCCCCUGGUAAAACUAGGCCCAUUUCAGGCAGAUCACUAUCAUCUCGAUCUGGAAGAGAUGUAUUGUCUGACACACUUGAUGGGGAUAAAUUACACAGAGGAAGAGAUGAAGUUUACAUUGAUGGCCCUCACAAAUUUUCAAGAGAAAGACAUAAUGAUAUGUCCCCUAGAAACUCUAGGUUGAAUUUUGGACGAGGUCGAGGCAGACUCAAUAGUCGUCUAGACUCAGUUCGUAGUGAAUGGGAAUCUGACCGUGAAUUUUCUGGUGAGUUUUAUAAUGGUCCAAAUCAGUUUCGUGGGCCAAGGCCUAAAUAUUCAUCUGCUUUUGCGGAUACUGAUUUGGAGUACAACAAUGUUGCACCUGAUGGCUUAUAUGUUGGGAAUGGUCGAUUAGGCAGAAAGCCAUUGAAUGAUGGGUCAUAUAUUGCACCAAGGAGGCGCUCACCCGGAGGUAGAGAUGACAUCCAAAUUGGUCAUAGAAAUCCAAGAAACAUCAGUCCUAAUAGAUGUAUUGGUGAUGGUUCAGACUUGGUUGGGGUGAGGCACAAUGAUAAAUUUAUGAGAGGUAUGCCUGAGGAUAACAUGGAUGCAAUGUUCACACGACCUCAAACAUUUGAGGGAAUGGAUGGUCGAUUUACAAGGGGGAGUAGGAAUUUUUCUUCCAUGCAGAGAAGGGGCCUUCCUCGUAUUCGUUCCAAGUCACCCAUCAGAUCUAGGAGUCGCUCACCUGGUCCAUGGUCAUCUCCCAGAAGAAGGUCUCCUAGAAGAAGAUCCCCUGAUGGUUUUGGUGGACAUCCAGAACUAACCCAUAGAAGAUCACCGUUUUACAGGGUGGACAGAAUGAGGUCUCCUGAUCGACCUGUUUUCCCUGCAGAGAGAGUGGUGAGACGACAUGGCUCCCCUUCGUUUAUGUCAAGACCUUCCAAUGAUAUGAGGGACAUUGAUUCUGCAAGGGACCAUGGCCAUCCAAGGUCUGGUCGAAUUCUAAUCAGGAACCGGAGGUUUGAUGUUGUAGAUCCCCGGGACCGUGCGGAUAAUGAUGAUGACUACUUUGGGGGGCCCAUGCAUUCUGGUAGGUUACUUGAGCUUAGUGGUGAAGGAAAUGGUGAGGACAGGAGAAGGUUUGGUGAGAGACGAGGACCUGUGCGUUCUUUUAGGCCUCCCUACAAUAACAAUGUUGGUGAGAAUUUUCACCUUAAUGCUGAGGACGGACACAGACAUUAUAGAUUCUGUUCAGAUGAUUCCGAUUUUCAUGAAAGAGGAGGCAACAACAUAAGGGAAAGGGACUUUGACAGGCGAAUCAAGGGCCGGGCGGCAAAUGUGCCACCCAGAAGAACAAGAAAUAUGGAUGAGCAGGAAGAGAAUUUCAGGCAUGGUGGUGGUGGACAGGUUUGGAGUGAUGACAGUUUUGAUGAUAUUUCACGGGUGAAGAGGAAAAGAUUUUGA